AGCCUUUUGGGCGGGGCCUGGGCCGGCAGCUCCAGAGGCCGCAAUUUCACAUCGGAAACAAAACAGCGGCUGCUCGGGAAGGAGCCUCCCCUGCGAGCGGCCGGUGGCGGCGGCAAGGGAAGAGUAGACCUAAUCCGGAAGCCUGCAAGUGACAGCAGCCUGUGAGGUCCUUAGAAAGUUUGGUCUGGAGAAGAACACAUGAAAGAAAGAACCCCAAGAGGCUUUGUUUUCUGUGAAAAAGUGUUUCUAUACGGUUGCUCCAAUGGCAGAGUUACCUGCAUCCUUGUCCUACUUCCAGAAUGCACAGAUGUCCGAAGACAACCACCUGAGCAAUACUGUACGUAGCCAGAAUGACAGUAGAGAACGGCAUGAGCACACCAGCGAAAGGCGGAGACGUGGCAACUCUGGGCCAUUAUCUAAUGGACAACCCCAGGGUAACUCACGGCAGGUGGUGGAACAAGAUGAAGAAGAAGAUGAAGAGCUGACAUUGAAAUAUGGCGCCAAACAUGUGAUCAUGCUCUUUGUACCCGUGACUCUCUGUAUGGUGGUGGUCGUGGCUACCAUCAAAUCAGUCAGCUUCUAUACCCGGAAGGAUGGACAGCUAAUCUAUACCCCAUUCACGGAAGAUACAGAGACUGUGGGGCAGAGAGCCCUGCACUCAAUUCUGAAUGCUGCUAUCAUGAUCAGCGUCAUUGUUGUCAUGACUAUUCUCCUGGUGGUUCUGUAUAAAUACAGGUGCUAUAAGGUCAUUCAUGCCUGGCUUAUUAUUUCAUCUCUGUUGUUGCUGUUCUUUUUCUCAUUCAUUUACUUGGGGGAAGUGUUUAAAACCUACAAUGUUGCCAUGGACUACAUUACUGUUGCACUCCUAAUCUGGAAUUUUGGUGUGGUGGGAAUGAUUGCCAUUCACUGGAAAGGGCCUCUGCGACUCCAGCAGGCAUAUCUCAUUAUGAUCAGUGCCCUCAUGGCCCUGGUAUUUAUCAAGUACCUUCCAGAAUGGACAGCGUGGCUCAUCUUGGCUGUGAUUUCAGUAUAUGGUAAAACUCAAGACUCAACAAUGGUGUGGCUGGUGAAUAUGGCAGAAGGAGAUCCAGAAGCCCAAAGGAAGGUAUCCAAAAACUCCAAUUAUAAUGCACAAAGCACCGAAAGUGAGACCCAAGACCCUGUGACAGAGAGCGAUGAUGGUGGCUUCAGUGAAGAGUGGGAAGCCCAGAGGGACAGUCGACUAGGGCCUCAUCAUUCUAUGACUGAGACACGAGCUGCUGUGCCGGAACUUUCCAGCAACAUCCUUGCCAGUGAGGAUCCAGAAGAAAGAGGAGUAAAACUUGGAUUAGGAGAUUUCAUUUUCUACAGUGUUCUGGUUGGUAAAGCUUCUGCAACAGCCAGUGGAGACUGGAACACAACCAUAGCCUGUUUUGUAGCCAUAUUAAUUGGUUUGUGCCUUACAUUGUUACUCCUCGCCAUUUUCAAGAAAGCAUUGCCAGCUCUUCCGAUCUCUAUCACUUUUGGGCUGGUUUUCUACUUUGCCACAGAUUAUCUUGUACAGCCCUUUAUGGACCAGUUAGCAUUCCAUCAAUUUUAUAUUUAGCAUAUUUGCAGUUAGAAUCCCAUGGAUUUUUCUCCUUUGACUAUAAUGAAAUCUGGGGAGGACAAAGAUGAUUUUCCUGUGUCCACAUCUAACAAAGGCAAGAUUCCCAGCUGGACUUUUUGCAGCUUCCUUCCAAGUCUUCCUGACCACCUGUACCAUUGGGCGCUGGAAGGAGGGAUCUACAGAAAAUGAUUUGGACAUACGUCAUUGUGAUGGACUGAGUCCCUCGGUGCAAAAACUACCAGAUUUGAGGGACAAGGCUGAGGAGAAGGGACGGACCACGAAGUUGCUGUGCUCCCACCAGCAGCGUAACCCUUGGUCACAGGUGGAUUUUACCAACACUGCAGACUCUCAGGACUACCAUUACCAAGAAAUUAAAUGGCGUGGUUUAAACCAAACAGGACUCUUCAUCUUAAACUACAUGUUGAAGAUCAACCUAAUAAACCUGUCUUGAAUUCUGAACCUUUUCCAGAGGUACUGUAAGGAGAGCGGGCACCAGCAGCAAGAUGAAAAGGUUUUUGAAAAGGGGCUCCAACUUUCACUUUCAGACCUUUUUGCUGCAGACUUACCAUUUUUAGAUAAGACUUUUUUUUUUUUCACCUUGAGUCAAGUCAGGUGUAUAGGUUGAUUUUUGAAAAGUCUCGUUUUCAAGCACUGAAACUCAGUACCAUCAACGGUUGCCAUUUCUUCCCAUGGCCAGUCUGAACUGAUUUGAGGUUGCUUUAUCCUAAAAGUCUUAACCUCAGGUUCCAAAUUCAGUAACUUCUGGAAAGAAUGGAACUGUAUCCACAUGGUUUCCUAUCAGCCUUAGGUGCUGGAUUUUCCACCAAAUUCUUUAUUUUUAGACAUACUUGUAGGUUCACGUGCCCCUGGAUGCUUCCAUUCUUCCCGUCUCUCCCUGACUCCCCCGUAAGCAUUCUCUUAUACAGCAAAUGAGACAGCUCUGUUGUGGUAACAGAUGAUCCAGUUACUCUAGAAUUUUACUCUUUGUGUGGUGCAAAGAAUGUGUUAUGAAUCAGUGCUGUCAGCCUUGCUGUCAUAAUUUCUUCAGUAGCAAAUACAAUGUGUGCCCUAAGACAGUGGAAUUAAAGAAGAGUAAAAUGGCUGGUGAAGCACUUUUUGUCCUGGUUUUUCUUUUUUCUUUCUUUCUUUCUUUUUUUUUUUUACUACAAUCCAUUGUCUCUGACUGUGGGUCGGAAUUUGAAUCAACAGCCAAAAGCUGGUAGUUUAUAAAGUCAGUUGUGUCAGUACAAAGUAAGAGUUUGGAGAAAGCUAUGAUUUUACUCCGUGAGCCGUGCAUGGGAGGACCUAGGGUCAGGAGGAGAACCAGCUGCCAAGAAGAGAAAGAAGGGGCCUCUAAUAGCCAAUGGGACAAAAUGAGCUAACAUGCCGUGGGCAGAUGUUAAGGAGGAGAACCAAGUUAUUCCUCAAGAACCUCCCAGUGGGUGUUUUGUGCUUUCCCUUCUGCCUUACCUUUCAUUUCAGUGUACCUUUGAACUGGGCUGUCGGGCUGAGGCCCAGGGCAGCUCAGGUGGGGACAUGAACAGAGCCAUCAGCCUGUGGGCACAUGCCUCCUCUAAGCAAAGCUUUGCUGGGUACAACCCUUCUUCUACCACUGACCGCCCUUAGCCAUGGUGAUCAGACUGCAAGCAUUUGUGAGAAACUUAGUCUCUCCUUGUGGCUGAACAGAAAGGCCAGCUUUUCUUCUUGUGCCUGCUUUCUCUCCAGCCUAUCAUGUGAUCUGGUUUCUGGUUCUCCUUGGAGUUUAGAAUAUCUGUUUUCUGUCACAGAAUAUUAUAAACUAACUUUAGCAGUAGUGUGCUGGUCAUAACCGGAGUGUAAGUAAAAACUGGCUCUCAGUAGGUGGUUGAGAACUGCAGGAAAAACAAAAAACAAGUGCUCUGCACAGGAAGAGUGGGGCUUAAAGUAGUAGGUUCGCUCAUCUCUAUCUUUGUGUAGCCCCUUCUUUCCAAGAUUCUCUCUUUUUCCUUAGAUAUGUAGCAAUGUGGGUAUUAUCUUCUAGAAAGACACAUGAAUCAACCACUACAACAAAGCCACCUGAACGUGUUUGCAACUUGAGGCAGGCCUGAGGGAGCCCUGAUCUAGAGUAGUUUAUUUGUGCAAAGGUCCCAGAAGUACCGUAUCUUUUGUGAAAGGUUCAUCCCAGAAGAGGGUACGUGGUGUGAGUGUGACCAAGACCAUCCUUUGUAUCACUGUCCUGUGUAGAAAGAUUGCAAUAAAACUCACUUUCUACAAGACGGAA